AUGUCUUCUACAUCAAUAUUAUUUACUAUUCAACAAAAUAUUGGUCGAUAUGGUCUAUCUACAUUACUUAUUUUAGGAAAUUUUGGUAAUCUAUUUACAAUACUUAUUCUUGGACGAUCAUUAAAACAAAAAAUGAAUUCGUGUUCACUUUAUUUAUUUUCUGCUUCAAUUUCAAAUUGGAUUGUUAUUAAUACAGGACUUGUUUCUAAUAUUAUAGGGAUUGAUCAUACCGAUCCACAACAUACAUCAAAUAUUAUUUGUAAAUUACGAUGGUCUGGAGUUCAUGCAUUAUUAAUGUUAUCAAGAAGUUUUAUGGUAGCUGCUUGUAUAGAUCGAUGGGCAGUAUGUUCACAAAAUCUUACUAUUCGAACUUUUUCUCGACCAUAUAUAGCAAGACGCAUAAUUAUAAUUCUUCUUAUUGUUUGGACAAUUAUACCAAUUCAUGUAGUAAUCUUUUUCAAUAAUAGCACUGGUCGAUGUAUUCCUUUACCAGGGAUAUAUACAUUGUUUUAUGCUAUUUAUUCACUUAUUAUUAUUGGUAUUGUACCAUUACUAUUAAUGAUUGUAUUUAGCUUUCGAGCUUGGCAAAAUUUACAAUUGACUCAUACACGUGUUUUACCAACUGGUUGUAAUAUUCGAAAUAUUCAAAUUCGUAAACGUGAUCGUGAUUUAUUAAAAAUGUUAACUGGUGAAGUAUUUAUUUAUUUUUUAACAACAGUACCAUAUCCAAUUAAUCAACUCUAUAAUGUUUCAACAAGUUCAAUAACAGCAUAUAAAAGUUCAAUACGUAUAGAAAUUGAAUCAUUGAUAGGAUAUAUCGUUAGUCCUUUACUUAAUUUUAUGUAUUGUUGUGUACAAUUUUAUAAAUCUUUAGUUGAUAUUAUUAAACGUGAACAAGGACAUUUUGAUGCUGAAUGUAUUUUAUUUAUUGAUUUAAAAUCACGAAAUCUUAAUGAUGCGAAUUGUUUAAGUAUAUGUCGAAAUAUAAUUAUUUUAAAUUUAAAUAAUAAUAAUCUAACGAAUGUUCGUAAUUUUGGUGUAUUUACACAAUUAAAAAUUCUUUUAUUAGCACAAAAUCAAAUUCAUUCAUUAGAUGGUCUUCAAUCAUGUGAAAAUUUAGAAACACUUAAUAUCGCAGGAAAUAAUCUCACGGGACUUAAAUCUUUAUCUCCAUUAUUACAAUUAACUCAGUUACGUUCUUUAUGUUUAAAUGAUCGACAAAAUAAUCUAACAAAUCCUCUUUGUAACUCAACAUCUUAUCAAAAAGAUGUCAAAAAUAAUUUACCUAAUCUCGAUAUACUCGAUAACGAAUGGAUUGGACAAAGUUUUCAGGAACAUCUGUCAUCUUUAGAAUCAAUGAUUGAACAAUUAGAAAAUCCUGAUAAAAAUUUAAAGGAAAAUUCUACGGAAAAAUCAUCAACUAUCAUAACGAAUGCAACGAAUUCUGAUCAAUCUAUACGUUCUGCUAAUGAAGAAUAUGAACAAUUAUUACAAUCGAUUCGUAUGCUUGUAAAAUAA